UCCACCUCACUAUCGAUUAGAUAUGUUAUCAGUAAACAGUCAAGGGGAGUUGAUGGUAGUGGCAGCACUAGUGUUGGCCGUGAAGGAGCUCUCUCCUCUGCCAGUCAUUUAUUGUUGUUUAUUGACAAGGAGCCUCCGCCCCCACUGCCAGAGAAGAAGAUCCAAGCUCCUCCGCCACCAGAGAAGAAGCCAACCAUCCAGUCAAACUCAGAUGCUCAUGAAGGUAGUCCUACUCCCAAGGACACUGCAGAGAUGUCAAAAAUCACAAAGAGAUUCCUCGUUAAAGAGGAAGGCAGUUUAACUCUGGACACAGAUGGAGAGAAGCUGAAGCAUGUAACUCAACUCCGUCCCAAAGGCCCAUCCCGGAGACGACCUCCAUCAGGCAUGUUCAAGGAAAACAUGAAAAACCAAAUCACCGCUGACUCUGACUCCUCCCCACUCCCUCCCACACCUGAAGACGAGGUCGACCAUGACACCGUUCCACAAGCCAAUGGUCACCUUGGUGCGACUGAACUGUCACGGAGCCCCAUUGCUCCGGUGCUCUCACCCACUGGUUCAAAAGCCUCACCUGAGUUGCGAUCCCGUCCUGAGCCACUGCCAAGACCCGACUCAACAAAUUCAGUGCCGUGGCUCCAAGAACUAAGAUAUAAUCAAAAGCAGAAGAAGAGGCUGUCUGGUAUACUUCUUCCUGACAACGAAGCCACCCCAGCUCCAGCACCUGCAGUGUCUUCCAAGCCCACAAUGUUGCCACAAAAGGCAGAGGAAAAACCAGCUGCCAAAAUCCCUAAAGCCACCUUGAUAUUGCCUGAUAAUCCUGCCACUGCCAGCAAGACUAAGUCUUCUGACACUCCCCAUCUGCCAACACCAGAUUAUGAGCACAAGAAUGUUGCUUCUCAGCUGCCCAAAUCCAAGACGAAACCACUGCCAGUUAUGCCCCCAGUGACUAUGGCCACGGAGAGCAAGAAAUCAGUGACUCCGACUGAUGUACGGACAUCGGUAUCAUCUGUAGACAACAAGAAACCUUACCACUCCAGCCCAGAUACCAAAGAUAAUAAAAAAACAGUUACAGAUGGCUCUGCUACUGGACGACUUGAAGAAAAAAUUGAUGCUCUGUAUAAGGACUUACUUCCCAAGGUAAAAACUUUGGAAGACCGCCUUGAAGAGCAACGAAAGGAACAAGCUCGACGAAUGCAAUUACUUAUGAAUGAACUAGAUGAGGAGCGCAAGAAGCGGGCAUGCAUGGAAGUUGAAAUUGAAAGACUUCGGAAACUUGUAGAUGCGUAUGCCCAAGUUUAAAAGUAAGCUGUAAACAUUUGUACUCGGUUAUGAUUCUAGCCUGUGGAGGAGUUUAUUGUAUUUUUGGUACAGGUAUAGAAUUUGUGAAAAUUUGAAUUUAAUACAAGACUGUACAUUGUAAUGUAUUUUAGCAUAAUUAUUGCCAUCUUAAGUGAACCUGUCAUGUUCACACACAUUCGAUGGGCAAUAUUUUGAUCUGUUUUAGGGUUGUGGGUUUUACCUGUAGUCCAGACAAGUGAAUCCCAGCUCCUAGACAGCAGAUACUGAUUAUAUGAAACCCACUGUGUCGGGUUGACAGUCCACAUGCUACCUUGUAAUUCCUUAUAUACGGUACUGGAGAGAGAGUAUUUCCAAAUGUAUGAUGUGUAAAGUUGUAAAUCCUAAGGACUCUUGUAAGAAUAUUGUACAAGGAGAAUAGUAUAGAAUAGCCUUUUGGAAAUGUGGAUAAUAUCUAUAGCCUGCUUGUAUUUAUGUUGGUGUGAUGACCUGUGUGUUGUCUUGUGAGAGAAUGAGCCAGGCUCUUGAUUAUAUGAAUGACUUUCUGGCCGUGGUGAGUGAGAGGUAUUAAGCUGGUUGUUAAUUUUUCAUAACUUAUAAAAUACAGUAUUGUGCAGCUGAUGUACUGUCUACCUGAGAGAUAAAAUAUAUUUGCUGAAAAUUAAAAUAGAUCUCUCGUUGAACCAAAAAUAUUUGAUGGUGCUGAAUGACCUGAGGAUGAAUGGAAGUUCUCUUACCAAUGACGUAGAUUUUGUUGGUCUAAACUCUUUAGCUGUUAAUUAUCCUGAGAGUAUGUUGUGGAGGCUGCAGGUGACUGAUUUGCAGGUAUUUGUGCCAUGAUAAUGUAAAGACUGAGAGUUCUUCCUUGUAGACCUUAGUGACAAGUAUUGAUAUAAGUCUACUAGAUAUUUCUAAGUAGAAUACAGUGACAGUAAUUAAGUUUGAGGAAUGAACUUUCAUGGGAGAUGUAUGCUAUUUAUAAAUCACAAAAGAGUCGAGUAUUUUUAAUUUGGGGAGUUUAAGUACAGUACAGUUGUGUAAUAUAAUAAAUUACUUUUAAUAAGAUAAUAAUUUUAUGAAAGUUCAUCCAAGAUUACCAAACUGUGCAAUUUGUACAGUCAGAUGUACUUACAAAUUAAUGGCAAUAAUGUACAGACAUACAAGUACAUGGUGGUUAGGUAUGUUUAAAUACUUUGGAUUUGUGUUUUGUGAGAUGAAUUGUGAAAUCUUUUGCAAAAUAUUUUUUUUUUUUUAAAGACAUUGUGUUAUAGGGAGAAAAGUAAUGCUUCUGUUUUAACAGUUGUUGAACUGGAUUUACAAUAAGUUGUUCACCCAAAAAAACAAGACAGCAUUUCAUUCAUAUAAAUUCAUAAACAAGAUUGCAUUUGUAAUAUUGAUAGGACACAAAUAUUCAUCAUUAUAGGAUGGCAUACAGGUCAAAUGAGCCCUAUUUCUAAUAAACCCUGAUCAAACUUUACCAUUAGGUCUGGUAUAUUAGUUGGGUCACAUUAGGACUGGUCCCCAACCCUAAUGGCUAACUUAGUGUAGGGACCAUUAGGACUGGGGCCCAUUUGACCGGUUAUAUAAUGUAGUAUAUAAUUCAACAAAGAAGUUACAGCAGAUGUUUUGCCCCAGACAAGUAACUUGUUCAUAAAACAAAGGUAAUUUAUCUCUACAGUAUUACACUUAAAAAGUAGAAUUUCUGAUGGGAUAAAUAUAAAGACUGAAUAUGUCUUCAGUGAGAAAACAUAUCAGACUUUUCAGUUGAAAUAUAACACCUGGAGGUAGACUGGCUGGAUAACUAGGUAGGGAGAAUAGUGUACAUUGCAUUUUUUCUAAAAGAUAUCAAUCUAGGGAUAUGAUUUUUAUAUAAAUUAGUAUAGUAAGAAAUUGUACAUUCAAAUGUAGUACUUAAUAUGACAGCAGGUAAUAAGUUAUGACUACUUGCUGAACAAUUAUCUUUUAAACUGGUUAUUAGUAAUAUAUUUUUUCCUAUUGAGCUGCUUCUGUAUAUUAUUUAUCUCAAGUGUGUGUUAUGUUCCGUCUCAGAAUGCCUCUUAUUGUGUAUACAUAAAAUUAUUUUAUCUUGUUUAAAUCUUGAUAUAGGAUGGUUAUACAUUUAAGAGUGCUGUAUAGCAUAAAUUACUUGCAUUUUGUCCAAGUGUGUAUCAGUAAUGACCAGCAGUGCUUAGUGCCAUCAGUCCCACUUUGUUGCCUGCACCCUUACCCCAUUUUCUUCCUCCUGCUACUGCUUUAAGAUAAUGAGUUUUAUAACCUCAUAAAGUGUCUAGCAGAACACUUGUGUCAAACCACGGCUAUCAGUCAGUACUUUCAAAGUUUCAUGCACAAAAAUUUUUCCUUGUAACUGGGGAUAAAGACAUCUAGUUAAGGUUUCAGCACAAUUUUGGCUGACAUCUUUGUGCUGCAGCUUAAGUGAGCUGUUAAAUGAGUACUCACAUUACAAGUUAAGGGGAAAACUUUAGGUGCAAAUCUUUGAUGAAAGUGGCCCCUGACUGUGUUUCCUUAUUUGUGCAGGAAAACCUUUGAGUAAUGUUAACAUGUACAGAGAAUGUUAAAAUGUUAAGAAAAUACAAUUGCAACAUGUACUGUAGACAUCAAAAUAUAGGUAUACAGUAUAGUAAAUAUAUUAUUUUGAAAACUGGAUUUGGGAGCAACUUGUCAAAGCAACGAUAAUUCAAGGGGUUUCAAUGCAGUGUGAAAUAUUGCCUACAGUAUUGGUUGUGUUGAGGUACCCAGAUAUUGGUCACUCAAUAUUUCGAGUACCUUUGUAACAUCACUACAACAAAAUAAAUUUUGUAAUUUCUACAAAAACUCGUGAACAAUUUCUGUGUUAAUGUUGUACAGCACAGUUGAUUUGCUCAAAUUCUAAAUUGAUAAUUCUAAACCUGUUUGCUAAUCAACUUCAGUAACUAUGUCAUUCUAUAAUCCUUUCAUGUAAAAAUUUAAGAGAUUUUGAGCUUCAUGGAGUCAGGCUAUAAGUAGAAGCAACAUUUUAAAGAGUUGUAUGGAUACUGUUGUGAUUCACCGUCUUAUAAGUACAAGUAACUUUUCAUUCCUAAAUAUGGCUACCAUAUCAUUUGUACUUAAUACAGUGGUUUCCAGUUUUGUAUUUCCCCCAAAUCUUUAUAAUUGUGUAAAAUAGGUCAGUAAUUACAAUGAAGGGGUAUUCUGUAAUUUAAUAAUGACGUGUGCAGUGUACUAUAUAGAAGUACUAAGGUUGUCCACCAUUUUGUGUAUAAUUCAACUGAAUGUUCAAACAGUUUGCAUUCCAAUAUACUGUACUGGAAUUUUUCUCAUGCAAGUUACAUUAAAAGUGCAUUAGGAAAAUGGCAAGAGUACAGGUGUAGAAAAAAAUUAAUAGGUAUUCUAGUCAUACAUUGGAUUUAAAAAAAAAUAAAAAUACAUAAUUGGACAACUUAAUUUAUUAGGAUUUAUUUUCUUGGCUGUAUUGGAUAUAGGUAAGUAUGUUUUAAAAACUGCAUCAUGGUAUAUUGGAAUAACACUUCAGCAUAUUUUCUUGCCUCAUCAUGAAUAUGGUCGGCAAUUAUCAUGGAGAAUCUUUUUACCACAUAUGUACUAUAGUGCGUUUUUUCCCAGCUGAGAAAAGAUGCCCCGCCCCCUCAAGAGUUACAGUUGAUUGGUUGUUGCAAAUCUGUUCGAUUUCAUCCUGAAGUAAUGAUGUAUUUCUAAACGAGUUCAUUCAUAAUCGUUGGGAUGACCGUUUCUGACGAGAAAGAUAUUUAGCUAAAUUAUAUAAAGAUACAUACAUUCAUUAUUUCAAAAAGGAGCACGAAGGAAGUUUAUCAGAUAUUUUAUACAUUAAUUAACUACAGUAUUAAACUCUGGUAACAAAUACACGCUUUCGGAGGAAGCAUUUAAUAUAUUUAUUUUUACCGACAAUAAGGCAUACUAAGACAAAUUACAUAUCAGUAAAACUACAUUAUGCAAAAACUAUCUUUAUAUAAUUUAGCUAAAUAUCUUUCUCGUCAGAAACGGUCACCCCAACGAUUAUGAAUAAACUCAUUUAGAAAUACAUCAUUACUUCAGGAUGAAAUCGAACAGAUUUGCAACAACCAAUCAACUGUAACUCUUUUCUCAGCUGAGAAAAAACACACGAUAAAAAUAUUUAUAUAUUUUAAUAACCCUAACAUGUACUGUAUCAAUCAUCCUUAUUUUCUUGUGCACAAUCAUACUUUCUAUUUUAUUUAACACUAGUCAGUGUGUAAAUAAAGAUCAAGCCUGUUUUA